AUGCGCAAUCCAUUGAAACACGUCGCCGGAAGUUGCAUUUUUAAGGGAGAGUGUAGCUCCAGUUACGAGCAAAAGUCGGUCAGCGAUGAUGUUUUGUCAAUGUUUAAGGAGUGGACAGUGUCAAGAAACUUAACAAUGAAAAGAAAACACUCACAAUGGAUCAUAUUCAUGAUCGUCGCCGAAUUAGCGAUACUUGGCGUUUUAUCAGAAAAUGAUGGAGCAACUGUCGCCAAAGUAAGCAGUCAGACAGAAAAAGAGGGUAAAUCCGAGGCUGCUGAGGGGGAGACCAAUAUUCCUGUAGAUCCUGGAGGAUUACAGCCUGACCCACCAUCAGGGACAACGAAGGACACUCAAAAUAUUAAGUCUGAGGAUGCGUUGGAUGAGAAAAAGUCUGCUGUUGAGACAGAAAAAGACAAAGAGGAGGAGGAGAGCAACCACAGGUCCAACAAAUCUGAUACAGAGAAAAAACCCAAAGAACUGCCCCCUACACCAUUACAAGAUGGUGGAGAUAGUGGAACAGCUACAAUCGCCAAUAAAGAUGGACAUCAGAAUGACCAACAAAGUCAAGGGGAAUCAGUAAACCACGGAGAGGAAUCGGUGGUAUACAGUGAUGACCAGACCACAACCUCAGUAAAUCCUAGUGAAGCAGAAGACACAGCGAUGCUCGCUGUCCUGUCAGUCACUCACACCUUAGAGGACAUCCCAGCCAGUCACAUUCCGGAAACUCCCAGUUCAGAGGUCGUGGACUCAAGCACAGGAGUUGAAAGUCUGAAUACAAACAAGUCUGAUGAGAAGACUGACCCUGAACCAGUACCUGUUGACCCUGAGUUCCAGACAUUCACUGAAUUUUUUGAGCAGAACAAACAGGCUGAAGAGGAGAAGAAGAAACAAAGCAAGCUGACUGACAUGCCAGGGACGGAUGUCCUCCAGAUGAAGCAGCAGAAGCGAGUGGUAAAUGUAGCCUCCCGGGAGUGUGGGGCCAAGAUCAUCUCCAGUAACCCGGAGGCAGAGAACCCCGGGGGCGUGCUUACCUCUAACAAAGAUGACUACAUGAUCAACCCCUGCAAGGCAGCAAAAAAAUGGUUUGUGAUAGAGCUGUGUGAACCUGCUCGUGUCAAGUCCCUGGAGGUGGCCAGCUUUGAGCUGUUCUCAUCACAGCCCCAUACAUUUCGUGUCCAAUUCAGUGAAGUGUGA